UGCAGCUACACUUGAUUCAGAAAAUAUCACUAUUUGACUUUGAGGAUAUUUCAACCUACCCAUUAUCAGAGAUUAUUUGAUCAACUUGUCCAAUAUUGCAGAUUUUGAAUAAAUGACAUGAUGAAAGAUAAAAGUGAAUUUAAAAAAAAAAUUAACAGUUCCAUUAUCAUGCAAACAGUCUCAAAUUUCAAUGUGUGAUAAAACCUGCUGAAAGUGGGUUCAUGGACAACAACAACAAAAGAAAUCUUCCAAAGUAUUUGAUGUAUCAGGCAAAAAUCUCCCAAAUUACCUUUAUAAAUAUCAAUUUUUAGUCUAUAAAAUUUUGUGCUCACCCUGGGUCACUCUUUGGUUCUGGAUUUAAAUAAAUUAAACAGCUGAUCGGAUAUCAAAAUUGUUCAGCAAUAUUUUGCAUAUUGUGUAUUCAUCGUAAGAUAUCACCAAAACAUACAACAACAACAAAGAAAUGAAUGACAUUCAUUGAACAUUUGUAAUUUAAUGGCAUUUUUUUUUCAUUUAUAAUGUCUGUUUGACUGAACAACAUGUAAAGGUUCAAAAAAAGUGCAGCAGUAGGUGUCCGGCGUUGCCUGAGUUUGACGGUCCAAUCAGCAAACAGUUUCAAGUUACUCAGGAAUUGUUGCUAUAGAGACCAGAGCAUCAAAACUUUGCAGUCAGCUUCCAGCCUGGAUGCCUCUCAGUGGGUGAACCACUGGGUUUAUUCUGUUUGUCUGCGGAGGAAUGCAGGUCCAGUCGGUUCCUCUCGGCACUGUCACCAUCGGUCCGCGGUCCUGGAGCGAUGGGACGGUCCGGUCCAUCCGGCGGGCGGAGGGCCUGGUCCGGCAGACUCGGGCCGGGUGGUCCGCUUGCAGCCGGCCCCGGAGCUGCAGCGCCGCCGCCGGCUCCAGCCCGGAGGACGCCGCAGAAACAGACGCAGAUAAGAAAAGAGCGCAGGAAUGCGGACAGAGUCGUGACUCCGUCCGCAACAAUAAGAUGUCGAGGCCUCAAACUACCGGAGUGACGUUCCCUGCCGGAUCCCAGAGGACGUCCGGGGUCCUGUUCCCGUCCUCCAGCCUGAGAGAGCAGUGUGCCGGGAGCAGCGCCGCCGUGGCCGUGGACUACAUGCGGAGGGUUCGGGAGGUGGAGGUCCAGCUGCGCAGACAGGCCGGCAAGGUGACGGAGGAGGGGGUGAGGCUGCAGAGGGAGCGAGGCCACGUGGAGAAGAUGCUGCUCAGCAUCAGGACCAGUCUGACCGUCAACAGGAGGAGCUCGGAGGAAAGAACCAGAAGGCCGCAGACUGCUGAGACGGAGAGCGACGGUGCCGAUUACCUGCUGCUGUGUGAGAAAAGAGAGCUGGCAGAGUUGAAACAGAAUCUGGAGGGAGUUCUGGGAACCACACUGACCCAGCUGCAGGCUCUGGGUGUGAGCAGCAGGCGGCUGCUGGACUGUGCAGCUGAACGGGCUCGUGUCCUGGAGCUGCUGCCUCACAGCGGCUCUGCUGGAGGAUACGGCACCACCGCUCAGACCUCCACCAAAACAGACCCCAUCGGACCCUUUACACCAGAGUGUAAACAGGUUUUAGAGUCAUCUGCUCAGACAGUAAAGCAGUCACAGCUGCUGAGGGAGAACAUCAGACAGAUGCUAACCGGCGCCAUCAGCAGGCAGAAAGCUGCUCAUCGCUCCGUCAACGAUGGCCUGGUGAAGAAAAUUGCAGAGACAGUCAGUCUGCAGCAAAAUCUGACGGUGACGUCUGCGGCUGUCAGACAGGCCGUGUUUCGCAAGCAGAGAGAAAUUAACUGUAUUCGUCACAGCCACGACAGAGCACAGGGUCCAGAGUACAGCGGAGACAUGCUGUCCAGAGAGAAGCUCAACAGGCCUGUGGUGCAGGUUUACCAGAGACAUCCGGGGACGCAGUUACCUGAGGCUGCUCAGCUCAUUCAGGGCAGCGUGUUGCUGAGGCGACACCGACAGGCCUCUGAGGGCGAGCUGGCGAGGCUGCAGCACACCUGUCUGCAGCUGCUGGACGACCUGCACGGCAAGACAGCAGCAGCUCAGGUGGACGCAGCCGUCAUCCGCAUGAGGCGCCGGCAGGUCGACAGGAGAGCCAUGCCCACUUUCCUCCAGCAAGGGGGGCUAUGAAGCCAGCUCCCUUAAGCUCCCUCUGCCUGGGGUUCAGAGGAGCUGCAGCAAGCCAGCCAGUCCUGAGAAAGGACAGUGUUCAUUUCAAUGUGCGGUGAGAAACAGGCUGGGGCCAUGUGCAAAAUUAAAUCUCACGUUAAAGCCAAAAGUAUAUGGACACCUCUAUUGUUCAUGUGCACUGUUUUACAUAGUUCUCACUGUGUGUUCUGUCCUGUGCUCAGCUGAUCUUUGCUGGAGAGGUUGUGUUGCUCGACUUUCUCUUUAAAAUACCCAAAAGGUGUUUUAUUGGAUUCAGAUCAGGCUGCAUGCUUGUCCAGGUUGAAGAUUUCACCUGUGUGAAACUCUUGUGUGAUUUUUAUGCUUUGGAUGGUUUUCACUGGACUAUUCCUCUUCUUCAAGCUGCUACAGACUGGAAGUCAUCUUGUCAGACAGUAUUUGAUAUAUUCACAGACGUGCAUCCAUAAAUGUCAUGACGUGCAAAAUUAAUCUCAUUUUAAGGUCAAAAGUUUAUGGUCACCUCUGUUUUCAUGUGUGCUGUUGUUGUUCAUGGCUCUCGCUGUUCCUUUUAGUUUGAGUUCAAUUUUGGUGCUAAAGUGUAUUUAUUUAAGGCGGCAGUGUGCUUCUAGAAAAACGUUCUGUUUCAGAUACUGUUAUGCAUAAACUAAUUUAGUUUUGGUGUGGAAAAACUAAUCUGGUCUGGCUUCAGUUCAAUUCAUCCAUCCAUUAUCUGUACACCGCUUUAUCCUCAUUUGGGGGGGGGGGGGGGGG